AUGUCUGACCGCCCUCGCUCUAAUGAGGCUGGCUCAUCCCGGAAGCAUACCCAAGGCCCUCGCCGGCCCUCUCCCGAGCGCAACGCGGCGCCAAACCCUUAUACCACCCUACCUCCACCCACAACGGAAUACAUCACUCUCUACAUUAAACUCCAGCGUCGGCGACAGUGCUUCCGCAUCGUUGAGGUGCCUUCCAACUACACCUUCGCCCUUUUGCAUACCCUGCUACGAUUCCUAUUCGGCUUGUCCGACAAGCGUCAUUACUUCGAGGUCGUGGACCAUGUCAUCUUCCAUAAGCAGAUUAGAGGGCAGAUACAUAAUUGUGGACGGUGGUCGAAGUUUCAUCAGGAGCGUCUGCCCGAGUUUAUCGCGUUCUAUCCUGACCACUGCGGAGAUAGUCCGGUUAUGCGCGUCUCCCCUCCCGGUACACGCGAAGGCGCGCCGGUGGAGAGGGCCGGGCGGCUAGGACUAGCAGACCGAAGGCGCGAUGCUUGCCUCGGUGGUGGUCGGAUAAGAGCUACUCUACUACAUGCGACGUGCUAA